AUGAUAUCCGAAGACAAUCAAGAUUCCACACUUCCUUCUUUCAAUCUAUCUCGUUCGAGUGAUACUCUCAGACUUGAUACCACUCUCGAUCAUCAAUCAUCUUCCCCAGCUUCACCAUAUUCUCCGAGUCCUGGCUCCCUUACACCCCUUUCAGCACCUCCGCUGUUGGGUACUUCUCAACCGUAUAUCAACCCGAUCUUAUUGAAACGUCGCUCUUCAUCAGCUAGCUCUCAAUCUUCUCAUAUCCCACCAAAACCUUGGCAUGGAGGGCCUGGUCAAACUACUGUCAGCGGCGGUGGUGGCCCUCAAGGCCGUCAGAUUACUCUUGGGACAACCGGUGGGCAAAAUUCUACGAGUGGUGUCGCUGGUGGAACUGGAACGGUACCUCAAUCGGAGCCUAUGUCACCUGCUGCGAAUGAUAGUAUCACGCUUGGUCAAUUGAAGCAAAUGGUCAAAGGCGUCAACCGUGAGCGCCAAUCUGUAUAUGAUUUUCCGUCCCUCCAUCCGUACCCGCCUCAUAUUGCUCCACCCACAAACCUAUCAGAGAGUCCUGGCGUAGACUCUGAUACUUUCAUCAAUGAGCUCGAUGAGUUCUAUUCUUAUGUUGAAGUCCCGGGUGUCUUGGAAGGUCAAGAAAUGUGGGGCGAUGACUGCGACGGCACCUCUUCUCCAACCUGCAAUCCUCCAAACCACAAACCUGGAUCCACCAAAAGCUGGUCUCAAUGGGCGAAGGAGAAGACCCAGACGGCCCCACCGUGGACGGAAGCUGAACCUAAGUUGCAGAAGAGCUAUAUCAUUCAUUUGCUUGAUCGAUUGGAAGACAAAGAUCCAGAAAUUAGAUUUGACUCUGCUCGUAGAAUACUUUACAUUGCUCAAGGCACUUUUUCACAAUCUACGUCCAAAAACCACCACGUCCAUCUUAUCAUGCACAACGUACGCGUCCUACGAGAAGCCGGUGCCUUGGAAGCUGUGUUUGCUGCUCUGAAAGGAGUUGGCGGUCGACAUGACUGGAUUAGCAGCCUGCCUGAAGCUCCUGAAUCAACUGCCCCUGCUUCGGGUUCAGGACCAUGUCUGCAUCCUCAUGACCGGCAAGCUUUUCUUGAAGAGAUCAACGGUGAACUCGCAAUUCAUUUAGCAGUUCUUUAUUUCAUGGUCGAAGUGUUUAGAGGGGACGAUGCUUGGGGGGAGGAAUUGAUGGGGCUGGAUCCACCAUUACCAAUCUACAUGUUUGGAUUGGUGGCAGGCUUGCGUGAAAAAAAUGCGAAAGGCUACCCUGUUAAGAAAUUAUUGCUCCUCUUGUGGAAGAGCAUGCUUGCCACGCUUGGUGGUAUGCGCGAUGUUGAUCGGGUCAAACAUAUGGUCAGAACUAUAGAAAGCCUCCCGCCUGAUGGUUCGACACCUGCUAGUUCCUUCAAAGUUUCACCUAUUGAUUUUCACACUUUUCGGAAGGAGAUUCUUGCCAAAUAUCCAACCUAUGUCUCCUCAGACGUUUCCGAGGUCUAUCUUGCCCGUAUCGCUGCCGCUGCUGCCCCUACCCCGAUCAGACCCAGUGCCAUGUAUCACCCUGGCAAUCCUUCUAUUCCGCAUGAUCCAUCGGCACACACCAAAAUGCAAGGCAACCACAACCUCCAGCCCGGUACACCAGCUCCAUCGCCUCCUCCGUCCCCACAACAGAAGCCCAAGAAACAGCAAUUUCAAACAGAUCAAACACGACCAUUUGUACUUCCCUUCUCCCCUGCCAACGCCAAGCUGACCAGUGCUGGCCUUCCGUCUCUCGUACCAAGAAGUAUCGACGAAGCAGGCGAGCUCUACCGUAGUCAUUUGAGAAUUAGUACGGAACUCUGGCAAACCUGGAAGGUUCGGGAAGAGUUUAUGGCCGACGAGUCUGGUUUAGCUAGAGUCGAAGCGGCUGCAGAAGCCAAGUCACAGAAAUACAGAGAACGGGACUCGCUGCAGGGUGUAACAAACCGACUUUCAACCCUAUCGCUAGAACCCACACCAGCUAGUGACAAUCAUGUUGCAAAUGAGUCCUUGAUCCCUGAUUCGUUGCAGAUGUUGAUUGAUCUUGAGGCCAAGAUUCGAUGUGAUGUUGCGACAGCGGAGCGCUUGCAGGAUAACUCGACGUCCAAAAAGUUGAAACAGGAUGCCAUGGACACCCAGCGUUUACAAAGAGUAGAACUGAUUUAUGUCCGUAGCAUUUUUUUUAUUUUACCUCAGAUGCAAAGUGCGGUCAUCGUAUUACUCAAGUUACUACUCGCUACAGUAACUGCCAAUACCAAUCCUAACAACUCUCACGAUGCGGAGCAACCAGCCAAGCCAUCACCAACUAUUGAGGACAUUGACAUCCUGCGACACCGGGAGAUCACAUCCAAAGCCGUGUCUGCGAUCUUGAUCCUGAGCCUCAAGUGGUUCAAGACAUCACAUGUUAUGAAGUUCCAUUACUUGGCUCAACUGUUGGUUGAUUCUAAUUGCUUGUUGCUAAUCCUGAAGAUGUUUGGUCUUCAAGAGGUCGCCACCCAAGUCAAGACAAAAAACGAAUGCGAGGAUUACAACUUCUUCCGAUAUUGUGCUUUACAUGGAUCGCGAUCUUCCGCUCAAACACACCCUGACGAAGAACCUAUGCAGCAAAAUAUAUCUCCGAUCAUCACUAAAACUACCCGGGCGGGUGACGAGGAAGUAGAACUGAUCACAGAUUAUUCUUGGAGGAAUUUCUUUGCUGCAAUCAACUUUGUUCACAUUCUACAAAAACUGACCAAGGGCAGGAUACAUCGCAUACUGCUUUUAGUCCAGUACAAAAGCUCGGCCAUCUUAAAGAGGAUACUUCGCGCAAAUCAGCCUACCUUACAACUCUAUGUUCUCAAGGUUAUCAAGAGCCAAAUACCGUAUUGUGGGCGGAAAUGGAGACAAGGCAGGCUAAUUUCCAAUAUGAAGGUCAUCACUGCUAUAUAUCUCAACUGCCGCGCGGAUUUACGAGACGAAUGGCUUCUGGGAGUUGACUUGGAUGGCGAUGUGGAAGAUUCAUUCCCUCAGGAACAAGCUUUGCGAUCGCUUGUCAGCUUUUACAAUUGUAAACAUUACGGUGCUUUUGCACCUCACCUGUACCGUCGGCCAUCUGUCAUGGCAACAGAUGGUGCUCCAAACCAACUCAACGCCGCUUGGAACCCAGCCGAUCGCCAAGGGGCAACUGGCCUUAUCCAGUCGGUUGCCCUGCAAAACGCUAACGAUACAGACGCAUUUCCUCCUGAUUAUGAAGUCGAAAGUCUUUUCUAUCCACACUAUUCGGUGAACAGUCAUGGCCUACUGGAACGGAACGAUGAUGCUACAACGUCAGCUUGGAAUCGACUUGGUGAACUGCUUGGUGAUUUUGAGGAUAUCUCGGACACAGAGAGCAUUGCCUCGAUUGGGUACCUCGGGGGAGAAUUUGGCGCGGAUGGAGGGAACGCGGACACAUCGGACAUGACGUCACUAGAUGAGUUCAAAGAUGGAGACCAUUACAGUCGACGAGCUGAAUGGGAACAUCUUUCACCUGAGACUAUCACGGCCUUGGAAGAAGAAAGGAAGACAUCAGAACAAUUGAACCAGCAAGGAUCCCCUUCACAGCUUCCACGCCGACGAAAGAGCAGCGAACAAAAAAGCCCAGCUUUACGACCCGUGGUUUUGGACGGACGAGAAGAGGAGGAGGACCAAACAGAUGAUAUUGAUAGCGAGUUUGGUAUGUCAAAUACCGGCUCGCGCGAUACAAACCUCAUCACAUCUCCUGGCGGCGUGAGUGGAUCAGCGACCACACGCUCGCCACAUUGUUCGCCACAUUUUGGGCCACAGUCGCCACUGAGCCCAGUGCAUCACGGUGGACCAGCGGUAGAUGAAGUUGAAUUGAUAUUUGGAGAAUGA